CUCGAGAGCUAAUAAAGCCGAUGUCAGGCGAAGUGCCAAGCUCGUACAUAACUCGACGUCCAGGCAGGCAGACCGACCUCGGAUACAGCAAUAGAACGGGAAUUUCAUAAUAAAAUUAAAACUGUUGCGGGCACCAUUCGCAUAACUCAUCCGCCCCUUCAAGCAGGAUUCCUUUCUGCAGUGGAAACAACAAAGUGCACGCUAAAUGAUUGCUCUGUGGAUGCACUCGUAUAUAGAGAAUCUAUAUUAAAUAAACGGAAUACCCAAACAGAGGCGGGGACUAAGUGAAAGUUUAGUUUCAGUUUGCCACUCGACGAGAGCCGUAUUUAAGGAUUGGCAACUGUUAGCAGAGUGCAUGUUUACCCAUUUCUUUGUUUUCCUGGUCUCAACCCACAACCCAUACCCACACCUCACACCCACGAUUGCUGGGAGGGUUCAUUGACUACCACUAAAGGUGGAACGAUGCGAUGAAGUCAUGCUAGCGCUUAUGAGAAAGCCCCUCCUGGCGUGAGAAUAUGGGAAUGUGUUGCUUCUGGAUUCGUAUUUGUGCUCUUACUUAGGCGAGCAAAACGAAAUGUGCCAGCCUUAAGUGCCAGCAGAAUAAGUAGCAUCAAAAAAAGGACCUUUGCAAAAUGCAUCAAGUACUCAGCUACGAGACGGCUGUGCGGGCAAACAGCUCGCGCGAAUACCGUGAAUAUGUCUCGAAGCGCACCUGUGCCUCUCUGGUGCUGACAAUUGCCUUCUUCAUGCUGAUAACAGGGUACUUGCUGGGCAAUUUUGUGGCAGAGCGAAAGUACCACAUUCUGCAGCUGACAAAGAGCGUAAUCAAGGAUAUAGAUGGGGAAAGAUCCGUGCAAAUGAACAACGCUGAUUAUGCCAGCCUGCAGGAACUAAAAGCAUAUCAAAAGACCAAGGAGCACAUAUUGGCCGCCGCCCAGGUGCUCAACAAACUGCAGCAGCAGGACGAAGGCGACACAUACUUGGCCACAUCGUUGAACACGGAGAUCUUUAACAAGUACAUCUCCUGCACGCAGGACAUCCCACCAAACACCACCAUACCAGCCAGCCAGUUCAUCGAGCAGCUGAUCGACAACACUGUGGCCAGGCAGCGGCACUGCAUGAGGAUCAUUCAGGUCGUCAUCGACAAUCAUCUGGCCAAUAGUCAGCUUUAGGGGAAUGAUUUAGGAACGGAAAAGGGGUCCAAGAAACGGCUGCAAUUAACAACAGGUGUGCUUAUGCUAAGGUGUGCUCAAUAUGUGUGCUCCCAUAUACUCGGAAAUCCAUUUUGUUUCAUCUUUGACUCACAUAUAAAG